AUGACGCGCCGGGACUCGUGCACCAACCCCAGACCACCGGCUCGACAACACCCGCCAUUGCAAUUGACAAAGUCACAUAUCAACAUGGCUCAUCUGAACAUCAUCUCCCUUUUGACGCUGGUCGUCCUUGCUCUUGCAGCACUUGCUCAGGCUACCAAGGGUCCUCUGAUCACCAACAAGGUCUACUUCGACAUCGAGCAUGGAGGCCGUCCUCUCGGCCGUGUCGAGAUGGGUCUUUACGGAAAGACUGUCCCUAAGACUGUCGACAACUUCCGUGCGCUCUGUACCGGAGAGAAGGGUUAUGGAUACGAGGGCUCUAGCUUCCACCGCGUUAUUGAACGUUUCAUGAUCCAGGGUGGUGAUUUUACCAAGGGUGACGGUACCGGCGGAAAGUCCAUCUACGGAGACAAGUUCCCUGAUGAGAACUUCAAGUUGAAGCACACCCGCCCCGGACUCCUCUCCAUGGCCAAUGCCGGACGCGACACCAACGGUUCCCAGUUCUUCAUCACCACCGUCGUCACCUCCUGGUUGGAUGGCAAGCACGUCGUUUUCGGAGAGAUUCUCAACGGCUACGACAUCAUUCAGGCCAUCGAGAAGGUUCAGAAGGCUCGUGGUGACAGGCCCGUUGAGGAUGUUAAGAUUGUCAAGUCCGGUGAACUUUCUUUGGACGAGCCCUUUCACAAGGAACUUUAA